GCGUCAGUUUGAUUUGCUGGGUUACGUAUUCCAAACUAGGCAAUGGAAAUGACGGAUGAUCCUUUGGUUCUAGUUUUUAAAGCCUUGGACACAGAAAAUAAGGGAUAUAUUACUGUGGAGCAAUUCGUAUCAACUUUUAGAGAAUUUUAUAAUUCAAGUGGAGCUGAUGGAGAAAGGCGAUCAUCACUUUCUUCGAACGAUAUCAUGAAAGUAGUACAGACUUUAGAUCCAGAAAAUGAUGGAAUUAUACAUUAUGAAGAUUUUAAGAAGGCUUUUGAGGGAAACAUAAACUUUGAUGAAGACAGUACAUCAAAGCAUUCGAAUUCUCUAUCUAGGAAUUCAGAUGGGCAAAAUGCAUCUGUAAGGUCGAGCUUCCUUUCAGACGGUUUGGAGAACAAGACUGAUGAUAGUGGUGUGCAUAUGCACGAUCCAACUUUAUUUGAUAUCGACACUGACUCUGCCUUAAGCGCCGAUGGACCAAACAAUUGUACCCGUUUGCAACGGGGUGAGAUUAGAAGCAGUUGGCCAAAGCAUAGUGCAAAUCCCCUAUCAAGUCUACAUCACGGUCCAGAUUCUCCAGCGAGCGCUUCACAAUCGGAUAUAUUACUCGGUGAUAUGGAGUCUAAUUUUGAAUUGAUUCGAGAUCAAAUGCGCCGAAUGGAAGAACGUGUAGAAGGUCUAAAAAUCAACAGAAAUACUGAAAGUGAAACGCGCUUAGAUCGUUUACGUGAAGAGAAUGCUCGUUUAACUGCACAAAUCACUGUUUUAGAAGAACGUCUUAAAGAGGCCGAUGCACGGUCGAGCCGUGCAUUAGAAGCUGAACGACAACAUAUGCAAUCAAUUUUGUCACGCUCUUCGCGAGAACAUAUUCAAGAAUCAGAAACGUUACGUGCUCGGAUUAUUUCUUUAGAAAGUGAAUGUUCCGAAUUACGUGUUCAGUCAGCUCGUAUCAAAGCAGACAACCAAACGUAUAUUAUUGAUCUUCGAAGAACCAAUGAACAAUUAACUGAAUCACAAGAACAAGCACGUAGUUUUCAAGAAGAAUUAAAAUCACUAACGACUAAACAUACUAGAGAAAUGGAAGUUCUUCGAAAAGAUCGUGAUCAUGCGGUACAUGUAUUAGAAGAGCUGAAUGGUUCGAUGGGUGGCAAACGAAGAAGUCGAGUCGGUUCAGGUUCGGGUACACUUACAGCAGCCGCAGCUAGCACUGGUUCAACUGAAGUGUUAGCACGUUAUCAAGAGGUUCAAGAAAUUGUUCGUCGACUAACUGCUGAAAAUAAAAUAUUACGACAACAAGUGGAAGAAGCUCAAGAAGAGUUACUUACACAAUCACUUCAACAAGGUCAAAGCUUAAUACGUUCAUCAGAGAAAAGUUGGGCUUCUGAAAUAGAUAAUUGUACUAAAGAAGAGGUUGUCGAAUUAUUAUCCAAAGAGAAAUAUGCAAAUGAACAAUUGCGUAAAUAUAUUGACGAUUUAAUUACACGAAUUAUUGAACGACAUCCAUCACUGUUGGAGAUCGCAAGUGGAGGGGGUGGAUCAUAGAUUAAUGCUGUCUAUGAGUGCUUGCCGGUCCAUCUGUAUGUAUCUAUUAUGACCGAUCAUUUCAAUUACGCAACUAACUAACUGAUUUGCUUAUUACUUGGAUAAAACUAUACAUAUACAACUUUGUAAAAGAGAUAUUUUCUAUAUACUUACAUAUAUAUAUAUAUAUAUAUAUA